AUGGGUGACUAUGACAUCAUAGAGAAGAUAUUUGCCAAUGCUACCAACGGCUCUGAGGGUCAUAGUGAGCCAUGUCCCUACGACUACUGUGUAAAGGACACCCUCUACCGCAUAGUCGUGGGCUCAAUCCUUUUUGCCAUCAUCUGGCCUUUCGUUGUUCAAGACGUCAAGUUCUUUCAGCUUGGUCGUCCAGCCGCAGCCUUACUAGGGGCCACUCUGAUGGUGGUUUUCAACAUAGUACCUCAGAGCCAGGUGUACCACGUCCUGGGAGAUGCAGCGAACCUGCAGGCCAUCUGUCUCCUGGUGGGCAUGAUGAUGCUGUCCCACUACUACCAACGAGAGGGUCUCCUGGACUGGGUGGCACUCUGGGUGUUGAGGGAGGGGGGCAGAUUCAGGAGUGUUCUGUGGAAGAAUGCCUUUAUUGCUAGCCAGGUGGGGCUGUCCCUGCUCAUCUUCUUCAUCACAUCUCUACCGGCUGCAAUCGUCGGUGUUGCGAUAAACACUGGUCUCCUCUAUCUGGUAUACUACAAGGUAGUGUUUAGGCGAGACAGCGAGAUUUCUACUAGUGAUGAGGUAGCACCUGGUCACACUCAUGUUUCAUCUGUAGGUAAUGGCGUCGUAACACCUCCUACUGCAUCGAUGAGCAUAGAAGGCCAUGUAUUACCAUCAAGUAACCAGACACCACCUAGUUCAGAGCACAUAAAACUGUGGCGGAAUGGACAGAGCUCACACAGCAGAGUGUAUACUGUUGCCGAGUCAAGUGAGGGCAGCUCACGAUCUACUUCAGGCUAUCAGGACUGCGAGACAUCCCUGGGUGGUCCUGUGACUGACAUACACUAUGGAGCCACCAAUACUGGGGAAAAAGGCUGGGGAAACAGGAAGAGAACCAAGACACCCUCUGCCGUUCCCUCGGCUAAGCCCAGGGGUCUACUAGAGCGCUCAAUUCCUGACAAAAUCUUCAUCGGUUGGCUUGGACUGGUGACUCUGCUGCUGGUUGUACUGCUUGCUAUCCCACCUGUGGACAACCUGUCCUUCAACCUCGGUCUUGUCCCUGUCGGUGCAGCAGUCCUGACAAUGUUUGUGGACACACUGCUCCACCGCCGUCACUCCAGGGACGCCAUGACCAACGUGGACUGGACCAUCAUCCUCAUGUUCUUUGGCCUGUUUGUGUGGCUGGUCGGGUUUGAGAACACCUCGCUGCCGAGACGCGUCUUCAAGGCCAUCAACAGCUACAUGAACCUCAGGACUUUACCUGGAGUCCUUCUCUUCACGGUCUUUGUCAUAGUUGGCUCCAAUGUCCUCAGCAAUGUCCCUCUGGUCAUCCUCAUCCUGGAUGAGCUUGAGACGUUUGAGUGUGGACUGAGUGACUGCUCGCAGCUGGCAGGGGUCCUCCUAGCCUGGGUCUCCACUAUUGCCGGCAACUUUACCCUCAUUGGGAGUGUGGCCAACCUCAUAGUGGCCGAGAAGGCAAAGACCUGUGCCAACUACAACCUCACAUUCCUCGAGUACCUCAAGUUUGGUCUCCCCUCCACAAUCCUGGUGCUGUUUACCGGCUUGCCUGUUGUAUACUUCACUGGCAAGUAUGCAACUAUCAGCACCCUAUGA